AUGAAUGCGCUACAAGUACCGAAAGGACAAAAACCCGCUAACAAUAAGAAGACGGCUGGGCAAUUGAAAUCGAGAAGCGAGGGUGGAUCGGUUUCUGGGAAUGCCGGAGCGCUAGAAGCUGCGCUUAAAUUAUUAGAAAAAGAGCAGCGUGAAAAGGAAAAAGCAUUGGAGGUGGAAUUAAUCUUACGAGAGAAGCGACUAGAAAUAGAAAGAGCUUUGGAUGAAAAACGGCAAUUGAAGGAAAAAGAAUUUCGCGAAAAACAAUUACAGCAUGAAGGGGAGCGGAAAGAGCGCCAGUUGCAUGAAGAGCGCGAAAUGCUAGAAAAAGAGUUAGCCGAGGAAGAAGCUUUUCAAGAAAGGCGGAGGAAAAUGUGUAGAGAGUUUCAGAACGCGAAGAAGGUCGUUAAUCGAGACUCAACAGGUGUGAUGAAAGAGGGGGAAGAUGGUGAACCCUCCUUUGAUCAAAACGUGAAAGUUUGGCUGAAAAAGCAGACCGGUGGGAAAAGCUCCCCUUUAGUUACUGCAACGCAGGUAGCUAGUACAUCUAAGCAAUAUUUAGUGAAAAGCGUAUCGAGUUUGCGAGCGGAAGAAGAAGAAGAGUCGGACGAAAGUGGUAGCGCGUCUGUAAAAGAAAUUGAAGAUGAAGAAGAAUCUGAAUGCGGGUCUGGAAAAGAGAGGGAAAGUGAUGUAGCAGAAAAGGAAGUAGGCGGAAAGUUAGAAUUGUCUCUAGAAGAACGGAAAACACUCUCUCAUUUACUGGCUGUUGAGAAACAGCAACAGUUGCAAUCAAAUUAG